CUCUCCUCCAUCCCAUCUCCACCUCCAUCUUGAUCUCGUUUCCGCCUCUCCAUGACCUUCGUCUACAUCUUUAACCGGUCGCCAAUGAACGACUGGCUAUAAAGCAUUCGUUUCUGCGAUACCCCCUUUCCGCCCGAUGAAACACCCGCAAUCGCGACCGGAGCUUAUUGACCGACCCGGCCUGACGUGAUUACUUGUCAAUGAAAACUGUCGAGCAGCCAUUGAAAUAUAGCCUUUAUCCAUCCUCCGAGUCCUAUCCCGUUUCCUUAUAUCGAUUCCAUUGAGUGUCUGAGUACACGGUCAAUCCACAACACAAGAUGUUCCGGCAACCGAAGCCAGAUUCGAGCUAUGCCUCGAACCGCAUCACCAGAAGAAACGGACCAAAAGAAAGCCUUUUGUCAAGCUUUAAGGGGUCAAACAAGAAUGCUAAGAAGGAUGAAGCACCUCCCAAGCCAGAACCCGCGACGGAUGAUGAGCCCAUCAGCUCCAGCGACGAGGAUACCAAGCCCGAUCCGGAGUCAGAGUCGGAAGAUGAAGUUACACCUCGAGGGUCGGGUGAGAAGCUCGAGGACAAGAUGGCAAAAAUCUCGCCGAAAAGCGACCGGAAACUGCCGUCUCCUCGCUCCGUGAAAGCACCCGCGAAAUCCAAGUUUGGGGGGGCGACUCGCAAAAGGGCGUCGACGGGUUCAGCUAUCCAAAGUAAAGACGACGCCGACGACGACCUAUUUCCGAUGUGGGCUUCAUCACAACCUUCCAAAAGACGCAAGGUGGCUGGGUAUAUAUCGAAGGGUAGCUGGCAGUCGGAUAACCACAUUAGAGCGCCGGGUCCUAGUCAGGCUUCUACGAAGUCGGAAACGCCUCGUGAGAGUGCUCGCACGACGAAGUCUAAAGCCAAACAGAAGGCCGUGACCACAUCGGCGAAGAAGGAGAAAGCCCAGAAGCAUGAGUUCAAAGUCCCAAAGGGCGUCGAUAUGGACAGCCCGAGUCCCAGUUCCACGACUCGCUCCCGACCUGAGUUCAAGGCGCCCCCGUUCCCUCCCGAUGGGAUAUCCAGCUCCUCCUUCGCUACUUCAUCUGCUCGAGAACCACCGACCUUGGACUUUGACGACGAUGACUCUCCUCUCAGCACGCCCCUGAGCUCUGCUUCCUCGACCCUCAUGCAACAGUUUGCCGACUUGGACGAUGAAAUGCUCGCGGUGAAGGAUGAAUUGGAAGAGUCCGAACCCAAAGAAGGGUUCUUCUGCCCGAUGUGCAAGCAGGCUGUGGAUCCCGAACUCCUGAUUAGGUUCCAGGCCCAGCCGAGACAACGCAUCCGCGAUCAGCAGCGGUUCUGCGAAUCACACAAGCAGCAAUCCGCCGAAACAGAGUGGCAGCAGAAGGGGUAUCCCAGCAUUGACUGGGAUAAAUUCGACGACCGGAUCGCCGGCCAUUUCGACUAUAUCGAUACUCUUUUGGUCUCCGAGAGUCCGUCCUACUUCCGAAACAUCUUGGACACCGUCUUGAAAUCCGGCAAGGCCAAGAAUUUCAAGCUCACCCUCUCUGGAGACGGUCUGGAGACGAUAUCUUGUGGCUAUUAUGGCACUCGGGGUGCUGAUAUAAUGUUGCACGCGCUCACCACGCGUUUCUCUCGCAAACUUCGUCGCCUAGCGGCUAGUGACCCUAUAGUCAAGACGGCUGGCGUUGUCGGCUAUACCCAAGCCGUACUUGUUCCCGAAUUGGCGGUGCAGCUCGUCAAAGAAGACCUGAACGUCAAUGAUGAGUCUGCGCGACAGAUCCUGCGCGAGAGCAUCAAUCUCGGCGAGAAGUUCAAUUUUGCGCGAGAUGACAAGGUUCUAGUCCCGGACGAGGACGGGGAGGAGCAGGCGACAGACGCGGCGGAAUAGCUGUGCUAACACUGAGUUCCAUGUUUUCGGCUGUCGGGAGUUUUCGGGUUGUUAAUCUGUUUGAUUUUAUCAGUGUAUAUAAGUGAUGUUCAGCCAUGAUACCUCUGUG